GCUAAGAGAGAGCUUCCGGACGCGCCGCAACUGCUAUUAUCUUCUUGUUGAUAGCUCGAACCGCUAUGCAGAUACGAUAAAGUUACGAUUGGUUUUCUUACAGGACCAUGUCGGGAAAGCGUCUCUUGGACGCCAUCCAAUUAUUCAAUGUCGCCAAAUCCGUCGCCGGGAAACACCUGGCUCUGCGCCAGCGCCAACUAGAUGUCUACACUCGGACGUCGUCAUUGACUAAGGGGAUUCAGAGCCAGGCAGAGGGAUUGAUUCUUACGGCAAAGGCCGCGGCGGCUUUAGCGCAGCGGUUCAACGAGCCAUCACCGGUUACGAAAUCACCACCGUCAGAGACGCGCGAGCAGACCUCAACAACCCAGUCACCAGACGCGGAUCUCCAUGUGAAACAGGCGCAAGCUGGAAGGGAUCCUUUGCCUGAUGGCACGAUACUUCCCGAGACAAUCACGGUCAAGCCCAGGUCGCUAUCACCGGAGGAUGCUAAGAAGGUGCAGAGACAAGCGGAAUUCCAGAUCCCAGAGAGAGCAGCUGGGCAUCCUGCGGAGGAGGGAGAGCAUGGAGGGAGCCAGGGCCAGGAAGUCUUCCACAAGCCAUCCACUACAUCUGCGCCAGUCUUGUCAUCUCUUCCCAGAGUUAAGGUACCGAAAGUGACGGGAGAUGUACAAGAAGGAAGCGGAACGAUCAAUGCGGAUGUGUUCUAUUCUUCCACCAAGGCCGACGAUAGCAAGGCUGCCCCGAAGGAAGACUCCUCUGAAGAAGAGCACAAACUGACCGAUGAGAUGAUGAGCGAGAUUUUCCACAGUCCCAGAGUUGCGAAGAUACUUUCAAGGAAGGGUGCGCUGGAUCUCCGAAACAACUCGCGCGAGGCUCGAGUACCAGGGACCAUAGCUGCUGAAAAGAUUGCUAUUCCAGGAGAACAGCAUCGCUCUGAGGAGACCCGAACGGACAGGAAAUCCAUGGAGGAGCUUGGUUCAAGUCUGGCACAGGAAGCAGCCACAUCCGAUCCAGUUGCAGCAGCAGCAGACCCGGCAGUUAAGCCUGUGGAUAGUUACCAGAUGAUGGAAUCCCGCGUCCCAUCUUCCCGUCUCGGGAGACUGUGGCAAUACGGCGGGUUGGCAACAUCAAUGGCGUUUGGAGCAGUGGGCGAAGGCCUUCGAAGAGUAACCAGCAGUGGAGAGACCAAUGGCUCCCUAAUGUUCAGUGCUGCCAACAUGGAGCGUCUCGUGUCGAAGUUAUCCAAGAUGCGAGGUGCUGCCCUCAAACUGGGUCAGAUGAUGAGCUUCCAAGAUUCAAAGAUGCUCCCUGAGCCAAUCCAGCAGGUUCUACAGCGCGUACAGGAUCGAGCAGACUACAUGCCCGCCUCCCAACGGGACCAAGUCUUGACAGACAACCUGGGACCUAACUGGAGGGACCUCUUCGAGUCAUUCGAGGAAAAACCAAUGGCCGCAGCGUCAAUUGGACAGGUUCACGGAGCGGUUCUGAAGAAUGGCAAGCGUGUGGCAGUCAAGGUCCAAUACCCCGGAGUGGCAGACUCGAUCGAUUCGGACCUCAACAACCUCUCUAUUCUCCUCACCGCAUCACGCCUGCUGCCAAAGGGUCUCUACUUAGACAAAACGAUCGCCAACGCCCGUACAGAGCUGGCCUGGGAAUGUGACUACAUCCGCGAAGCUGAGGCUUCAAACCGUUUCAGAGAACUCCUGCGCGAUGAGCCCUCCGUCUUCGUCGUCCCCGAAAUCAUUCGCGAAGCCUCCGGCAAACAGGUGCUGACAAUGGAACGUCUGAACGGCAUCGCCGUCACCAAGAUCCAAAACUUCACCCAAGAACAGCGCGACUGGAUCGGGACGCAGAUCCUCCGCCUCUCUCUGCGCGAAAUCAUCGAAUUCCGCUACAUGCAAACAGACCCCAACUGGACCAACUUCCUCUACAACGCCCAAACCAACCGCCUCGAACUGCUCGACUUUGGCGCUUCGCGCGAAUACCCCGCCGAUUUCAUCAACACCUACGUCCGCACCCUCCUCGCCGCCUCGCGCAACGACAAAGACGCAUGUCGCGACCUCUCCAUCAAACUCGGCUAUCUGACCGGCUACGAAUCCCCCGCCAUGGUCGACGCCCACGUCACAUCGAUCCUCACUAUCGCCGAGCCAUUCAUGGCCUCGUCUCCAGAUGUCUACGACUUCAGCAACCAGACCAUCACCGAGCGCGUGCGCGCCUUGAUCCCCGUCAUGAUCCGUGAGCGGUUAACCCCUCCACCCGAAGAGACGUACAGUCUGCACCGCAAGUUGAGCGGGGCGUUCUUGCUCUGCGCAAGACUGGGCAGUCGAGUGAGAACCAAAGAGCUGUUUAACAACGCGAUUCAGAAAGCUGAGGGGUUGGAUCUUUAGGCUAGAGAUAAGAUCCCGUAAGAAGCGGGAAAGAGAGUGUAUGUUUUGGCAAGUAAAAAAAAGGCCAUAUGAUGUAUAAUAAAUAGCAUGUAUUGUACAUGUACAACCAGGUAGAAUCUCAUUUAUAUAGGAAAGAAAGACAAAACGGGCCAUAUUGUCACUAGAUAUAAGAAUAUGGAAAUAUUGACAAUAAAAUGGGAUAAACAGAG